ACAUUCAUCCGUAAUAACUUCCGGAGCGUCGCAGCAGAAAACUAGUAUGCUAAAAGAGAGAAUGUCUGAAAGCGGUAAAGUCGAGUCUCAAACUGAGAAGCCAAAAGGGAAAAAUGCACAGCCUCUUGUCAUUGCUAAAACUCCAGCGGAGGAGCAGCGGCUGAAGUUGGAGAGGUUAAUGAGAAAUCCUGACAAGCCUGUACCAGUUCCUGAAAGGCCAAAGGAAUGGAAUCCACGUGCUCCUCCCGAGUUUGUAAGAGACGUGAUGGGGUCAAGUGCUGGUGCAGGCAGCGGGGAGUUUCAUGUCUAUAGACACUUACGCCGCAGGGAAUAUCAACGGCAAGAGUUCAUGGAUGCAAUGUCAGAAAAGAAUAAAAAAGAUGAUGAAUUUCAGAAGAAAAUACAGGAAAAUCAACAAAGGGCUGAGGAGAGAACAGCCAAACGCAGAAAAAAACGACAAAAGUUGAAAGAGAAGAAGCAUUUGGCAAAGAAAGCUAAACAAGAGGACCCUCAAGGUGAAGAGUCUAGCCCUGAUUUGGAAAAAGAAUCCAAAAGUGAAGAUGAAGAAUCAAGAGGAGAUGAUGAAGAUGAUGGGGAGGAACCAAGCUUUAUCAUGGGUCGAAGAUGAUAGUGAGAAUUCAAAUAAAAGAGUCUGUCGAAGCACCAAAAGUGCAUUCCAGCUCCCAUAAUCUAGUCAUCAAACAGAAGAAUGGAAAUGAACAGUGUGCUCUGUGGAAACAAGUUGAUUGCAUUAGGAGCAAUGCAGUACUCACAUUGGUGACAUGAGGAAUAUGAUUUUUGUGUUGUUGUGCACAUUUUCAGUCUUACAGAGGAUUUAAAGUCCCUAUAGUUUGAAUCUUUCAGAAAAAAAGUGUAUGUUGUACAAACUUUGUCAGACUCUAUUAUUGUGCAGUAAAUCUGGCACUCAGAGUCAUUAACAGCAGAUGGGUCGAAAAAUAAAAGAUUUAUUUUCUGUA